AUGGAUCAAGAGGAAGUCGAAAUAUAUGCGUCUCAUCAGCUUCAAAAUUCAUUCUUGUCUACCAUAGAUCAUCUUCCGUGCGAUGUAGUACGGUCACUUUGGUUGAUUCAAUCAUGCAAUAUUAAAAUUGACAAACUCAAACAAGAGUUGAACAAUCUGCUACAGAAAUAUCAAGCAACGGAGAGCUUACCGCAGGAGGAGAUUGUUCGGAUAUAUGAAUUAAAGCAAAGUAUACGACAUUUAUUUAAUGAAACGAUACAAGAAGGAAAAACACUAAAUAAUCAAAUGAUUAUUCACAAGUUACAUCUAGAAGAUGAGAUCAAUCAAUUGCAAACAAUCAAAGAAAAGCAGGUGAUAAAAGUGGAUGUUGAGGAGUCACAAGAGCAACUUCGUAAACAGUUGAGGCAACAUUAUAAAGACCAGCCCUUGGUCUCACAGGUUGAGGCAGUUGAGCAACAAAAACAUUCCCAGAAGGAACAAAAAAGAGCAUCAGCUAAAUCCGGUAUCAAGUUGGUAUUGAGGAUACCGAAACAGGAUAAGGUUUUUAAGCCAAAGGGUAAGCAUGUGGUGAAAAAGAGCAGUACUCAAUUGAAGUCAAAGCCAAUUAAUGCGACUGUUGCAAAGAAGGAGAAGAAACGUAUACGAAAAGAGGAGAUUUUGCCACAGAUGGACCAAGCUGAAGAGGAAGAGGAAGAGGAAGAGGAUAAUAAACGGUACUGUUUUUGUCAGCAGCCAUCUCUUGGCGAUAUGAUUGCAUGUGAUAAUGAAACAUCGUGUCCCAAUGGAGAAUGGUUCCAUUAUAAAUGCGUUGGGUUGUUGAACCGUGUUGACGCUUUAAAGUAUACAACUGGUAAAAUACCGUGGUACUGCUCAGACGGUUGUAGAAAAGUGGGUGAAGCUGAGAAGGCAAGGCAGCAAGAGAUGAAGAAACGCAAGAGAAGACGCAAGUGGUAA